UGCGGCAGCCGCUGUUGGUAUUGGCGUGCUCUCUCUUCGCCGUGCCCGGCCUAAGGCGGCGCCUGCCGGGCGGGGGCUGGGGCCUGGGGCUGAAUCGGACGCGUGGUCUCUGGGCUGGGAUGACCUGCGGCCUUGCAGGCUCAGGGCAGCGCCGGCCGAGCCAUGGCCAGCACAAUGGUAGCACUUGGACUGACAAUUGCUGCUGCAGGAUUUGCAGGCCGAUAUGUUUUGCAAACAAUGAAGCAUAUGGAGCCUCAAGUAAAGCAAGCUAUUCGAAGUCUGCCAAAAUGUGCCUUCACUGGUGGCUAUUACAGAGGCGGGUUUGAACCCAAAAUGACAAAACGAGAAGCCGCGCUAAUAUUAGGAGUAAGCCCUACAGCCAAUAAAGGGAAAAUUAGGGAUGCUCACCGACGAAUCAUGCUUUUAAACCACCCAGACAAGGGAGGAUCUCCCUAUGUAGCAGCUAAAAUCAAUGAAGCUAAAGAUUUAUUAGAAAGUCAAGCUAAGAAGUAAAAUUAAUACAGAUAUAAUUUUAAAUUUAUAUAUACAUCAAUUUAUAUAUAGGAAUCCUGAUGUUUUCUAAUAAUUUCAUAAAAGCUGUAAUAUUUCUUUA